AUCUGAACUGCAGCCAUGAGGAGACCAGACCAGCUGUAGGAGUCGUGGGAAACGAUACAAGCUUGUCAUCAGCUCUGUGUCUGACAGAAAGGGUUGGGCUUGUGGAGAACGGGAAGAAGACAGGCUUUGGUGGUGCAUAUCAAGGAGAUAAAUUCCAUCAAUGAAGACAUCUGGUAUGGCAGAAUUCAAGCAACAGAAUGUGGAUGAUUUCUAUGAAAUUGGAGAAGCACUAGGAAGUGGGCAAUUUGCAAUUGUCAAACACUGUAUAGAGAAGAGUACAGGGAAUAAAUAUGCAGCCAAGUUUAUCAAGAAGCGCCAGAGUCGAGCCAGCAGACGUGGUGUAAGGAGAGAGGAAAUCGAGAGGGAAGUGGACAUCCUGCAGCAGCUACAUCACCCCAACAUUGUAGAGCUACAUGAUGUGUUUGAGAACCGCACAGACGUGGUGCUCAUCCUCGAACUGGUGUCUGGAGGAGAGCUGUUCGAUUUCUUGGCGCAGAAGGAGUCUCUCAGUGAAGAGGAGGCCACUCAGUUUAUCAAACAGAUCCUAGAUGGAGUCCAGUACCUCCACUCCAAAAGAAUCUCACAUUUUGAUCUGAAGCCUGAAAAUAUAAUGCUGCUGGACAGGAAUGUUCCUCUACCCCGCAUCAAGAUCAUAGACUUUGGACUGGCUCACAAAAUGGAAGCUGGGGCAGAUUUCAAAAACAUUUUUGGAACCCCUGAAUUUGUUGCUCCAGAGAUAGUCAACUAUGAGCCAUUGGGAUUGGAGGCAGACAUGUGGAGCAUUGGAGUCAUCACAUAUAUACUUUUGAGUGGCGCUUCACCUUUCCUCGGUGACACGAAGCAGGAGACGCUGGGAAACAUCUCGGCAGUGAACUACGAGUUUGACGAAGAGUUCUUUAGUAAUACAAGUGAGCUGGCCAAGAACUUCAUCAGGCAGCUCCUGGAGAAGGACACGAGAAAACGGAUGACCAUACAUGAGGCCCUCAACCAUCCUUGGAUUAAGUCCUGUGACUACAUGGAAGAAGAUAGCACUGCCCCUGAGGCUGAGAAGAAAGCAGAGCAGCUGAAGACGAAGCGUCUAAAGGAGUACACCAUCCAGUCUCACUCCAGUGUGGCCCAGAACAACACAUAUGCCAACUUUGAGCGUUUUGCACAUGUGGUGGAGGAUGUCAGUCUGAUGGAGACGGGGCUUUCAGAGGUGGCAAGAGCCCACCACGCUCUGCAGGGGGACAUAGAAGCACUGCUCUCCAUCUACAACGACAAGGAGGCCUGGUACAAGGAGGAGAGCGAGACUGCGAGGAAGCAGCUGUCCCAGAUCCACUACGACUUCCAUAAAGUGGAGGCCACAAGGAGGCUGCUGCAGGAGGACGUGAAGGCUAUAGAUGCCAGUCUGGAGAGCGUCAGUGGGAAGUACAGCCAGAGGCAGAUUCAGCUGGACGCUCUGAGGCAGGAGCUGAACUCUGAGCUGCAGUGGCUGCAGGAGGUGAUGAGCUCUCUGCAGCUGGAUGGUGCCAACAGCAGCAUCCACAGCAGCAGUUUGAAUACGGAAGUGAAGUAGGGGCUGACGGAGCUGCUGCAUCAGUCCUGCAGAAGGGAACUGUGCCCUGAGGCCAAACAGCCACUCACAGAGUCUGGCUAACAUACAGAAAUUAAGACACA